AUGGCGGAUGCGACUCCACAACUGAAGAGGAAGGCCGAGGAAGCUGCGGCGCAGAAGAAGGCCAAGAAGCAGAGAAAGAGCGAUGCCGCCGCGCAACUUGACGGUCGCAACGGCGAACCUGUAAACGGCGCGACCAAUGCAGUACCCAAAUCCACGAGCACGCCUACGCCAAAGAAGCAAUCGGCUGCAACCCCGAUAACGAACGGCGCGAUCCAAGAUGCGACGACCGACACCCCAACGAAGCCGGCUGAAGUCAAUGGCAAGCUCGCCAAGUCAGGACUAUCCAAGUCUGCGCUGAAAAAGAAGGACAAGAAGGAGCGAAAGGAAAAGAACAGACAAGACCGCGAUGGAAUUACGGAGGCUGAAGUGACAGGCACCGCGACAGAAGCCAUAGUAAAGAAGAGAAAGAACAAGAAGACAGAGAGAUGGAUUUCCUCACGAGUUCAAGGUGGAUGGUUCAUACCAGCCGAUCCUGUCUUCUCUCCCGACGAAAAGUAUCUGAUAAUAGCCGACUCCAAUUCGCUACGCGUAUAUGCCACCGAAACCUCGUUGCUUGUCAACACGCUCUCCCAAGACGACACAGGAAACCUCACAACGUAUGCCCUAUCACCCGCGAACCCUCACCUCGUGUACGCCGCGUACUCGAACGGGCAUAUAAUACUGUGGAACUGGGUGGCUGGCAAGACGGCUGGCCGUUGGAACAUUGGUGCCACAGUCCAGCACAUGACGGUCAUUUCCCCACCUGGGUCUGAUUCCAAGGCCAAGGCCGACGAUGACCUCGUAUACUGUCAUGAUGUUGAUGAAGGCCGCCAUACCAUCAGUGUGCGCGUCCUUCGUACUCGGCGCCAAGAAUCCCGGGAACUGAAGGAAGUCAAGCAAGUGCUGGGUGCAAGCUCUGCGAUCCGCGGUCUCCAGGUGCUUUUACAAGGCAAAUAUGUUGUAGCUGCUACAACUGACUCUAUCGUCGUUGGAAAGCGCGCAAAGGCCAGCAAGACGGCUCUUGAGGACUUUGAGUAUGUUUGGCGCGAGUUCAAGUUCUCGAAGCAGAUCACCACGUUCAGCGUUUACCACCGCGAGCAACAAGACAACGGUAACCAAAGAGAUGUACUGGACAUUGCUGUUGGUGAGGAUACUGGCGUGAUUCUUCUCUUUGAAGACAUUCUGGCCUCAUUUGCUGCGAUUGAGAAGAGCAACAAGGAAGGAGCGGACAACGCCGCGAGCUUCAGGCCCAAGAGACUCCAUUGGCACAGGGACGCGGUAGGGUCUGUCAAGUGGUCUUUGGACGGCAACUACAUCAUCUCAGGUGGCGACGAGACUGUCCUUACGAUAUGGCAGCUUGCCACAGGACAACCUCAACACCUACCUCAUCUUUCUGCAGCUAUUGAGAAUGUUGUAGUAUCUCCUACUGGUUCAGCCUAUGCAUUGACACUGGCCAACAACUCCGUCAUCGUUCUUUCUACCACCGAGCUCGAGGCCCGCACGAACAUCAUCGGCAUCCAAUCGCGUCGAAUCGACUUCGAACAACAGCCUAAGGACACCAAGUCUGGCAAGUAUCAUGGCCUCUUUGAUGCGGUACCCAUGGCUGUAAAUCCAGCCAAUCCAGCCGAAGUCUUCUUUUCCGUACCUUCAUCACAACCUCGUCGGAAGGAAGGUCUUAAGCCUGAGCCAUACUUACAGACUUAUGAUAUCGCGAACGAACGUGCUAAAGGGCGCCAGGCACUCACUCGCAACAACGCGACUGAACCAAAUGUCGCGCCAGAUGGAGGUCAGAUCAAAGAACCCACAGUCAUGCACAUUCAAGUCAGCCACGAUGGAGAAUGGCUUGCCACAAUCGAUGAGUGGGUUCCGCCACAAUCAGAUGCUCGCUAUCUGAAUGAAGGCAUUCCAGAAUUCAACGAGCAAGAACGUCUAAAUCGUCGUGAAGUCUACCUCAAGAUCUGGCGACGCGACAAGACCAGUGCGCAAUGGAAGCUGGAAACUCGCAUCGACGCUCCACACUUCUUCGAGGACGUAUGCGGCAACGGACGAGUUUUCCAUCUUGUCGCUGAUCCUGCUGCUCCGGGCUUCGCGACUGUUGGUGAAGACCAUGUCGUACGGAUCUGGAGGCCCAAGACACGAUCACGCGACGGAGUCAUCGUUCGUGGGGCUCAACAGGAAGGUCUAGUCACCUGGUCACUCGAUCGAGCAGUUGAGAUCAAUGACAAGCUCGACAUUACCGAAGGCUCGCAACAAUCUUUACCACCGCGCACUUCCCGACUAGCCUUCUCAUCCGAUGGCUCCGUCCUUGCUGUCUCAAUCUCUUGGGAUUUGGAUGAAGAUGCUGGUGUCACGCACCUGAUCGACACUCACUCUGCAACCAUUCGACGAUCACUUACAGAGAUCGAUGUCACAGCUCUUUCUGGCCUUGGAUUUGUUGGACAACAUCUGGUAGUGGUUGCUGAUGCGAUCACUGUCUGGGACAUGGUUUCGGACGCACUCGCGUACAGUGCCCCGAUAGAAACCCCUGGCAUCGGACGGCUGGAGCGCGUACCGCUCGUUCGACUAGCUUGCAACGAAGUCGAUGGUACAUUCGCCGUCUCACUUCCUCAAUUCGAGAAGAGGACUUCGUCGAGGAUCUCCAUCCACAGUCCAGAGCACCAGAAGGCAAUUUGGAAAGAUACAUGUUUCAGCAUCACGCUCGGACUCGCGUCCCGAACAAGCGGUGGCUACGUUGUUCUUGACUCUAGAUCGUACUUCAGGACAAUCACUCCUAGCGCUGGAUCGUUACAGCUGCCGACUCCCCCGCCAGAGGAACACGUCGGCAGGCGGUCCAUCGCCUACCCAGUAGACGAAGAAGAAGAGGCCGGUAGACCUUUGGCGAACUUCUUGGUUUCUGGAGAUCUUACUCAAGACAUUGAGCGCGACGAGCAUGUUUUCAAUAUGCAGGAUCUGCAGAAUGUGCUGCAUGACGGCUCAGUCCCUCCGCCACCGCAGGGUCUGUUCGAUAACAUUUUGGCGCUGAUUGGCGGGAAGCCGCAAAAGGCAGCAGCAUAG